AACUAGAAAAGGACCAGGAUUUGUCAUUCGGAAUAUUGUUGAUGCGUUGAAAGUUACUUGUGAAAGGCUGAUAUCCAUAAGGCAAGUAAAGACAGGCGAGUAGUAAUUUGGAACCAGCGCUGCUUUAAUAGUUUACAGAAUUGCGCGGUCCGUGGUAGAAGUCAUAAUUUCCAUCACUAUCGGCCAGAGUGCAAUAUCAUUAUCGAAUAGUGUCAUAAUAGUAGCCUGGUGUUAUCCUUACUCACUGUUCAACGAGACAUAGAAGAAAACCGAAGAAAAGAUUUGACGGUAUAGCGGAGUACGCGUCAGUGGCUGAGUGUAACGAUAUGCGUUCGACCUCGCUUGAAUCCUUGGCGACCUAAUCUUCGCUAGUUAAUUCUAUUUAGUACAGGCCGUGCUCAAAAGUAAUGCUGCAAGCACGAUUCGUAUAGCGGACUACGAAUGGUCAUCGUUAUCGUUGUCGUCGCCGCCGUCGUCGUCGUCGUAAAACAAAGUGCCAACUAACCCUCAGCGAGCAUGCUCCAUCGGAUUCAACUACUUAUCCAACGAUCCACAGAGAUUCAGGAAUCUCCACAGACUUCGUCCCGAAUGUCAUCUGCGAUCACUGAACAAAAGAGACGUCGCGUACCAUAGCGUUACUCCGUGACUGGCCUGACCUGGUGAUUUGGCUGGCUGAAAACGAAAUAACUAAUUUGCUACACGAAUGUUUAUGAGGUUACCAGUCUCUUAUAGGAUUCAACACGGGACCAUCAUGAGCCUUAUCAAGGUGGUAGUACUUGGCGCGCCAGGCGUUGGCAAGACAUCUCUGGUUCAACAAUUUGUUUGGAACGAAUUCAGCGAAAUUCAUAGGCCAACCACCGAAAAGCACUCAUACCUUGCGUCCGUUCUCUAUAACGACAAGCUGUUCGCGCUGCAGGUGACAGAUUUACCUGUUAUUCCUUAUUUUCCCGCAGACUCGCUCUUUGAAUGGGCUGACUACCGGUACUACGGUCUCCGCAGUGCAUCUGCCUACAUCCUUGUAUUCGAUGUCAACCUACCGGAGACAUUCCAGUAUGUCAAGAACAUGCGAGAGCAAAUUCUUCAGAGUAGAUCGAAAGAAGUUCCCAUUCUUAUCGUCGGAAAUAAGCACGACUUAGGAGAAGUACGAGAACAUCGCGAAGUCGCCGGCCUCGUGAAGAAACACUGGAGGUGCGGCUACGUCGAAUGCUCGGCGAAAUACAAUUGGCACGUUGUGUCACUGUUUCGCGAGCUCGCACGGACCAUUGAAGGACAUCGGCCCGAAUCUUCGGCAACGAAAGCCCGUGAACACCACGAGGCCAGCGACAAGAAGUGUGCUAUCUCGUGAUGAUCGUAGAGGCCGCCUCCAGCUCGUACAUGAAAACUGGAGGCGGCCCGGGACUGCUACGACGUGAUCCCGCGCCUUAUUUGAACACGCCCAGUAAUCGAUGAUUGCAGGCAAUCAAAACAAACGUAACAAGGCGACAGCGAACGGCCAGCUAUAACGAACCAUUUCUAAUAACAAAAAGUGACCAGAACUAGAAAAACAAUAAUGACAGCCAUUUAACUAACACCUGUCGAAAUAACGUAAAAUGAAACAACAAAUAUACGAAAAAAAAAACGCACAAGAUGCAAAAAAGGUUGUCGCACGACAACGUACUUUCCCGAACUCAUCUUUAUGGAAAAUUGAUGGCGUGAACUUGUCCCGCCUAUGCGGACUAGGAACCGAUCGGAGGCUUCACGAGAUUGAAGCGCUGAAUUGGCAAAGCUUCAAAAUCAUUAUGAUCCUUAUUGAGGACGAAUGUAAGGAUUCGGCACCUUUUUAACUAAAUGUUCGUUACGGCUAGUUUUAUGCUUGGCAGAAAAUAUCGAACAAAAGCACGGUAUGCUUAUGAAAAUUUCGACGACCUGAAAGCAGAAUACAUCCAGGUGACUUUCUAGCUAAAAAAUAAAGUACACUGACUAUGGUAAUAACAACAACAAAAGCAUGUGUACGUAGCUUAAUAAUGGUUCACCACGUAUCGUCUCUUCUUCAAAAGAGGAUUCUAUUAGCGUUCAUGUGAAAUGGAAAUUCUCUCCGAAGAAUACCGAAGAUUGGAGCCGCAUGGUUCCCGCCAUAUAUGAAGAGUCAGCGGCACAAUAAAUUGGAGAAAAGAAAUGGCGGUAUCAUUGAACACGAACAUUGUCGCACUUCUAGAAUAUAAUCUGUAAGAGAAUUUUGUAUAGGACAAAGGGGUCUAGUUUUAAUUCGUACCAGUGUUAGACAGUCUGCCUGUAUAGACAAGCAGGACCAUUGCAGAGGGAAUGCAUAUAAUUACAGGAACCAAUGCUGGAGAAAUCUCAAAAAAAAAUAACUCAUCUUUCUAUUAAAUUAGGAAAAUAAGUUAUUCUCUCAUUGUAAACUAAAUAACACAUAAACACUAGAUAAGUAGAGUUAAACUGUCGAGAAACAGGGGAAUCAAAAGAAGAUCAAACAUCCCUUGGAAGAGAUAUAUAUAUAUGCAUACAUAAAACAAAUUUGAAGGAUGCAUCGAAAAUCGCUCACAACUAAGACGACAUAACGUAAUUAUAUAAUUGUUUUACCGAUCGCUAGAGCUACCGAUUGCCGUAUACUAUUAGGGACAGAGCUAUAUACAUAUAUUGACAGAGUCGAAUCAACGUGGACUUGCAUGUAGAGAAGAUAAGGGCGGUCCCUCUUCAACCAAUUCGAUUACCUUAAGACUUGUGUAUUUAUCAUGACGCAGAGCCCUCACGUGCGAUGUACCCCCAAGACUCGGUUUCGUUAUGUUGUUAGCAAAGGUCGUUAAGUUCACGCUCACAUGAUGAUUCAUCACCUGCAGACCUAGUCGGAUGGAUGAGCGUAGGGAUUACUGAAGGCACCGUAAGGUCCGACUCGCUGUAUUGGCAGGGCACGUUAUACGGUAUUGGUGAUAACAGUCCGACAUAAACUCUAAAACACCGGCAGGCAGACAUAUAUGCACACAGAGACCUACACAGACAUACAGAGGGGGGAGAAAUACAAAGAACACGCCUUUCGAAUACGCAUCACCUGACAUAACACGAACAAUGACAAGGCCAAUGGUUUGCGGACGCUAGGCAAAUUGAAACCAGCCCAAUUGCACCUGGAAAGUGAAUAAAUACUGAAAAAAUACACAGUAGUAAUAUUAACAUAAACUACAAUAUUAAUAAUAAUCUAGUAUAUACAUAAUACCAAAUAGUAGCAAAAACCGAUAAUACUAACGACAUAUACUCCACACAUACGGGUGCGUCACGUUGAUUAUAACUAACUGUGCUUAGAAAUGGCAAUGCGUAAUGGCAUCGGUGUCCUGACACGCAAAAAUAUGGAACGCGAAGCAUGGUUGUACCAUAGAUUGCACCAUAGAUCUAUACCUACGUAUAUCCACCCAUAGAGUACUAUGCAGCUUUGCCUUAAUACAAACUUCUAUGACAAUUCUCAUCGAAAAAUACCCGUGCCGUUACGCAAGACAGGGCGACCGGAUAUGAACGGGCUAUGAUUCGGAGGCGAGCAUAUACAAUCCUGCAAAUAUAGCCUGUUUCUUUUGUGUCGACCACAAAGCUUAUUCCAAAAUGAUUUUUCCAAAAAGGUAGUGGGCAGUACUCCGUGCAACGAGGGUCAGUCAGCGUUCUUUGUAAACGCUGUUCAUGAAGUAUGAUUACCUAAGCCAGCAAUCAGCGAUUUGAAUGAGCCUUGGUACAGGCAUAUUGUGAUAGAAUGGGUCAGGAAUUCGUUGGGUCUUUAGCAAAUCCACUGUCCAUCGAGUAAAUGGGCUGUCCCGUCAUCAUUGACAUUUGAAGCUCAAUAGAAAUAAAUACGAUUAAAUUUGAGUAAAUAUACAUGGUUUUUCCCCAGGCAAUAACACAGCCAAGAAAUAAAUUGGAGACCAUAUAUUAGACACUGAGUGUAGUAGGUUCCAAAGGUAUUGUAUAAUUUAUUCCGAUUAACAAAAAUCUGUUCUCCAUUUGAAUUUUAUGAUGAAUUUGUUUUGCAGCAGAGGUUGUGUGGAAGUUUAUAAUAAAUAUUGUGACGACAC